AUAAAACCCCUUGGGUUCCCUCCAGCCAGACUGUAGACCUACUGGAAACUAUAGAGACACCUGAGUUUCGCCCCACUGGCUAAACUAUUCCAUCACAAUGUUGUCACGACUGUUGAUUGUUCCUCUGAUCUUUGCUUUGGCUGGUCUUGCUAUCUCAGCCCCUGUUAAUGAUGGAACCGAGGCAGAGAAUGAUGAGAGAGCUGCCCCCUUGCUAGUGCACCUUAAAGGUGACAAAGAUGGCGGAGGCCUCACAGGGAGCCCGGAUGGAUUCUCCGCAGGGACCACAGAUGGGACUGAUUCCAGUAAAGAGCUAGCAGGAGGUGCAGUGGAUUCCUCACCUGAUACAACAGACACCCCAGAUGCCAGUAGCAGUGAUAUAUUCCCAGACACAAACAACAGAGAUACCAGCGUGGAAACUACAGGCAAUCCUGAUGACUCUGAUGCCCCAGAUGCAGCUGAAGCAGCAGGCAGCCAAGAUACAACGGAUGCAGCUGAUGCCUCUGAGGCUGUGGCAGAGACCAUAGACACUUAUGAUAUACCAGAUACAGAUGGUGCUGAUGACAUGGAGAAGGUGUCGACAGAGGUGUCAACAGAGGAUUUGGACUCAGCAGGUGUGGAUAAGUCUCCAGAAAGUGACUCCACAGAGUCUCCAGGAAGUGACUCCGCAGAGUCUCCAGGAAGUGACUCCACAGAGUCUCCAGGAAGUGACUCCGCAGAGUCUCCAGGAAGUGACUCCACAGAGUCUCCAGGAAGUGACUCCACAGAGUCUCCAGGAAGUGACUCCACAGAUGAAGUGCUGACAGACGUGCAAGCUGACUCUGCUGAUGUGACCAGUGAUGACAUGGAUGAGGCCACAGAGACGGACAAAGAUGAUGACAAGAGUGACGACAAGAGUGAUGCAGAUGCUGCCACAGACAAAGAUGACAGUGAUGAGGAUAAGGACACUGAACUAGAUGGUAAGGCCCAUGCAGAAGACACACAGACAGAGGAAGUGGCAGACAGCGACAGCAAACAAGGCGCUGCAGACUCAGACUCUGACACAGACGAUGACUGGCCAGAGAAAGACGUUAAGAACGACUCAGAUGACAGCAAGGACACCUCCGAAGACGACAAACCAGACAACGAUGAUAAGAAAAACAGAGACAGCGCAGACAACAGCAAUGAUGACAGCGAUGAGAUGAUCCAGGUCCCCAGGGAGGAACUAGAGCAGCAGGAAAUGAACCUGGAGGAGGGAGGAGUGAUUGGCAGCCAGGAGGAGACUGUAGCUGCAGACAUGGAGGAGGGGAGUGAUGUGGGGGACCAGAAGCCCGGCCCUGAAGACAGUAUCGAGGAGGGAAGCCCUGUAGGGAGGCAAGAUUUUAAGCAUCCACAUGAUUCUGAGGAGGUGGAGCUGGAGGCAAAUGAGGAGGAGGAGCUGGAGAAGGAGGCAAAGAAGGAGGAGGAGUUGGAGGAGGCAGAGGAGGAGAGGAAACUAAAAAGAAUAGAGUCCGACAGUCAGGAGGACAGUAAGGAUGAAAGUGAGGCUGAACCAGACUCCAACAGUAAAAAGGACAUUGGGACCAGCGAUGCCCCUGAACCACAAGAGGAUGACAGUGAAGAGGACACUGAAGCCCAGUCAGAGGACACUGAUGAUAGCAUGAUGAAGGAGCCUAAAGAUUCUGACGAUGCUGAGUCUGACAAAGAUGAUAAGGACAAGAAUGAUAUGGACAAAGAAGAUAUGGACAAGGAUGAUAUGGACAAGGAUGCCUCUGACUCAGUGGAUGACCAAUCUGAAUCGGAUGCAGAGCCAGGCGCAGAUUCACACACAGAUGUCGAUGAGAUAGAUGGGGAAGAAACAAUGACUCCAGAUUCAGAAGAGAUAAUGAAGUCUGGUGAGAUGGACUCGGUUGUCGAGGCAACUGAAGCUGACAUUCUGGACCAACCAGACCAACAGGAUGACAUGACACAGGGCGCCUCGCAGGCCGCUGAUGCUGCUGCCACCGCCCUGGCAGUCCAGUCUUAGCCCUGUGGGUUGAGCCCACAGCACGUUGUGGAUGGAAUCAGACAUUUUGAUAGACCCAUCAUGGUGAAUCUCACAGAAAACUGACAACAAGCAAUAUCAACAAAAACUUUAGUCAAAUGUUGCUCUUAAGUUCCUUAACCCUCUUUUGCCACUCAAAAUGGUGAAGGUGUGUGCAGUGUCUAUGAGGAUCAAAUUAAAUUAUUCUACUUUUUUUGGUGUACAUUACAUUUUCACCCACUUUUUCAAUGUAUUGUUUUUUUGGUAGUUGGACAUUGAAUCAUGAAGAAUGUCAACUUUGUUUUUUGUUAAAGACAUUUUAUGUAGUUACACUCCUGUCGUAUCAACUAGCAUAUUGAUAAAAUGGACACUAUGUUCUUUUACAAUGCCCUUGAGAAUACCAGAAGUCUGUUUUUUAAUUCAGUCAUUGUAGGUUUGCUAUGUAUCUGCAGGGUUCCUACUGGUUUCCUCCUGCUUUCGUAUGAUGCAUUGAUGUCUCAGUCCUUGACAGAAAGCUCAAUUGGCACGUUGUCCUUCUAACUGAUAACAGCUGCUACAUUUGAAAAAUAACUCAGACUGACUCACAGCUCAACAUUCGUUUUUAAAUUAUGAACAACAUUAGGUCAUUUAUACAAAAUGAAGUGUACAUAUGUUUUAUGACGCAACAAUGUCUUUGAUAAGGUAUACAAAACAAAUCUAGAGAAAGUACUAAAAAAGUGUGAUCUACAUUAGUCGGAAAAGAUUGUAAAAUAACAAUUGUAUAGACAUAAUGAGAAUGUCAUUUGAAUAUGUACACAGGGGGGAAAUCUAAUAAAGACUGAGUUGUCAGCAAGUUUUUGGGGAUAAAAA